UGCAGCACAAUUUUAUUUUUGUGCGCUGCCGUACUUAGUGUCGUAGGUUUUGUUUCGAAAUCAACAACAACUGAUACUCUUCGUGUACGACUGUUUACAAUGUCUUUUAAAUUGUUGUAUGUCUUGACGGGGGUGUUAGUUUCAGUUCACUUAACAAUAGGAUUCCUUGAAGAAGAUGGUCGAGUGAUUGAAUUCGAUAGUUUUGAUGAAUUUAAGGGUCAUAGAAAUAAGACAUAUGCUCAUUCCUAUGACGAAUUCCGUGGACGCAUAGCCUAUCAAAAAAAUUUAAAAACUAUUCGAGAGCACAAUGACUUGUAUAAAAGUGGAAAGAAGUCAUACCGUUUGAGGGCAAACAAUCUAGCCGACUUGAACAGUGGUUCGUAUUUGAAACAGUUUCUCAGAUUAGUAAAAAGUAGACGUUUCGAUGCGCUUGACUUUAUUUCGGACAUUGUUGGAUCACCUCUCAUGGAUAGUACCCCUGAAAGUUUAGAUUGGAGGGAGAAAGGCUUUGUCACAAAGUCAAAUAAUCAGGGAACAUGUGGAUCAUGCUAUGCCUACAGCAUUGCCCAAAGCAUUGAAGGCCAAGUCUUCAAAAGAACUGGGAAAAUAUUAAGCUUAAGCCCCCAGCAAAUUGUUGAUUGCAGUGUAAAAUUUGGUAAUCAAGGUUGUACUGGUGGAUCUUUGCGUAAUACCUUAAGAUAUCUUGAAGCUACUGGAGGUAUAAUGAGAUCAAAUGAUUACAAAUAUACAGGAAAAAAAGGCAAAUGUCAAUUUGUGCCAGAAUUAGCGGUUGUUAAUGUCACGUCUUGGGCAAUAAUGCCAACAAAAGAUGAGAAAGCAAUUCAAGCAGCGGUUGCUCAUAUUGGACCAGUAGCUGUUUCUAUUAAUGCAGCACCAAGAACAUUCCAACUUUAUAGUGACGGCAUAUAUGAUGAUGAAGAUUGCUCAUCUGGAUCCGUUAACCAUGCGAUGCUUGUGGUAGGCUAUGGACGAGAUUAUUGGAUUCUCAAAAACUGGUGGGGUGACCAAUGGGGCGAGGAUGGUUACAUGCGAAUACGGAAGGGUAGAAAUGUUUGCGGAAUAGCCAAUUAUGCAGCAUAUUCAGUUGUUUGAAACACAAAUAACCG